AUAAAAGCGGUGCGUUGAUGGAUAAAGAGUUCCUCGAAAGAAACUCAUUACUCACUGAUCUCUUCAACAUCUCGCAUAUUCGCGCGGUUUAUAAUCUAUUCAUGGUGACUUUCAUACUUCUCUUUCUUAACACUAUUGCAUGCGAUAUCAUGGAGUCUGGAAGGAUUCGCGUUGGUACCAACACGAUAAGGAUUGGUUUCGCAAAGUUUCCAACGUGUAUUUAUAUUUGGUCGUUCAUGCAAGUCUCAACAUUUGGUCUCUACGCGGCUUUUACUCUCUGGAUGUACCGGCGACAACAGUUCUUACCAAAAUCCUUCCUCCAAAAAUUAUGGGAUUACAGCUGGCUAUCAAUAUUUAUAUUGUAUCAAAUUCUUUUUAUUAUUUUUCCUAUUAAGGCGAUGCUUGGUGCGAAUCUUCCCAUAUGUUGUAGACUGAUUGUUCUAAUGGAACAAGUACGCANNNUAAUGAAGAGUCACGCUUUUGUCAGAAGCGUAGCACCUAGAUUUUUGUCAUAUAAAUCUCACAGCGAAAUUUCGCCAUCGAAUGAGCCCAAAUUUUCACAUUAUUUGUAUUUCCUUUUCGCACCGACUCUUGUGUACCGCGAUAAAUAUCUCAGAACAGAAAGAGUUAGGUGGAUGGUUGUAAUUCGUAAUUUAGUGGAAUUUGGCCUAACGAUUUUCUAUCUCACCUUUAUCUGGGAAAGUCUGGUAUCACCGGUCUAUUGCAUAUUUGGCACACAAUAUCUGGAUCAAAUGUGGUUUAUCAAGAAUAUCAUCAAGACUAAUAUCUCUGGCAUUCUCUAUCUUGUCACUAUCAAUUAUCUCCUGUUUCACACAUGGAUGAACGCUUGGGCGGAAAUGCUGCAGUUUGCCGACCGACAGUUUUAUAAAGACUGGUGGAACAGUACGACUUACCACAUGUUCUUCCGCACGUGGAACGUGAUAGUGCAUGAUUGGUUGUACACGUACAUCUAUAGGGACAUGUACGAAAUCGUGGUGCCAUACAACCGCAUGUUGUCAGCUACUACUGUAUUCUUCAUCUCUGCCAUCGUCCACGAAUACAUAGUCACAUUUGCACUAGAUUUCUUCUAUCCUGUAAUGUUUACUUUAUUUAUCACUUUUGGUUUUCCUAUGUUCUUGAUUCGCAAGACUGUCACCAGCAACCUUCUUAUGUGGUCGACUUUGAGCCUUGGCUCCGGUCUCAUAUUCAGUCUGCAAACGAUAGAGUUUUAUGCGAGGCAAAACUGUUCGCCUCACCCCAAUUACUAUGUAGAUCUGUUUAUACCGCGAAGCUGGAACUGUCAGGAACAAUUAAUUUCAUAGAUCCUUCCCAUUUGCAUAAGCAAUGAAAUCAAAAAAUU